AUGGAUGCCAAAGAAAUCGAGGGUAAGGCCAAGGCCUUGGGCAAGGCCUCCGCGCAGAAGGAGCCUGCGACGGUGAUCGUUGGUUUGCUCAAGGAGUUACAAACAGGUGUGCGGGCGAGCGAGGAUCUGCUUCGACGGACCAAGAUCGGUGUGGUUGUGAAUAAAUUCAAGACCAGCCAGGCUCCGGAAGUGGCACGACUAGCGAGCGAGAUCGUUUCAAAAUGGCGCAACGAAGUGAACAAGCAGAAGCAGGGUGGUGGAACCGCGGCCAGCCGGGCCUCAAACUCACCACGUCCACCCCAAAAUGGCACUGGAGCCUCUACACCCGCGAGCGCGACCCCAUCUGAUAAGGCGUCGAAGCUGUCUGUGCCACCCGACAAGCGAACAUGGAAGGCCGAUGGAGUGGACACCAAUGUUACAUCAAGCAGGGUCCGGGACAGCUGUAUCGGACUUAUGUACGAUGGACUGUGCACGGUGUUAUCGAUGGCAUGUGCUGUUGAAAAGGCUGCGCACAGUCACCUCGGGCCAGAGAUCAAGCCCGAAUACAAGGAAAAGAUGCGUAGUCUUUUCCAGAACCUGAAGAACAAGUCCAAUCCUACAUUACGAGUGCAAGUGCUCAGUGGAGAUAUCACCCCGGAGAAAUUUGUGCGGAUGACCAGUGACGAGCUACGAUCUGAGCAGCAGCGCGCAACCGACGAGGCUAUCAAGAAGAAGAACAUGAACGAUGCUAUGGUCGCUCAGGCGGAGCGUAGUAUCAGUACCAGCUUGCAGUGCGGCAAGUGUGGUCAGCGCAAGGUGACUUACACUGAGGCCCAGACUCGCAGUGCUGAUGAACCGAUGACACUAUUCUGCACAUGUCUGAACUGCGGCAAGUCCUGGCGACAGUGA